AUGAGCAACAGAGACUACAUCAACGUCACCCCCGGCACCUUCACCAUCGAAGACAUGCUCCGCCAAAUGAGCCGCCCCAUCAUCUUCAACCAGAACGGCCUCAUGCUUCCCGGCGACGCCAGCACCCUCAAGAAAGUCCCCGAGCUCAAGGCCAUCGGCAUCACCGGCGGCGGAGUGCUCUGCGGCCUCCGUUUCGAGAGCCCCUCGGGCGAGACGGGCAACAUGGUCGCCCCCUCCAACCUCGCCGAGAACGCCAUCAUAUACCAGGGCGACGACGCCGGCGAACGACCUGCCAUCGAAGGCUCAGGGCUUUUACGCCGCAGCCACACCAAGAUUGGCAGUAUGCCUCUCCGCAUUACCAACAAGGGUCGCAUGGAAGGCAAGUUGCCUGAUGGGUAUCGCAGAGUUGAACUGAAGCUGAGCUUUGUUGAGAAGAGUGACAUUAAUGUUCGGCAUGGGGAGGGUAUCCAGAUUGCUACUUGUGCGGAUGAGAAGGAAAAGGUGAACAUUUUGUUCCCCUGGGAUGAUGAUAUCCUUGGGGAAGACAAUACCAAGGCGCUAAUGUUUGAGGAGGUCGUUGAUGGUGGUGAAGGUACAGGUGCCUGCUGGAUUCUGGAACGCGGAAUGGAGUGA